AUGGCCGAAACAAUCACGACAAUCUCACCCAUCACCAACAAGGGCAUCAUUGAGCGCAAGGGCCUCAGCGACUCUGAGCUCAGCGACUUGGCCAGCAAAUCAGCAGAAGCUUUCAAGACGUACAAGAAGACAUCGCUGGACGAACGCAAGAAAUAUGUCAAGAAGGCCUUGGAAAUCAUCACAUCCAAGCAGGAUGAGCUUGCAAAGGAGAUCACUGAGCAGAUGGGUCGCCCAAUAGCAUACACUGCCGUCGAAGUAAAGACUGCUGUCGCCCGUGGCGAGUACCUGAUCAAGAUUGCCGAAGAUGCCCUGUCAGACACUCCAGGCGAGCCUCAGGAAGGCUUCAACCGCUUCAUCCGCAAGGUCCCCCUCGGUCCUGUCCUCGUACUGUUCCCUUGGAACUACCCCUACCUUACACUUGUCAACUCGAUUGUCCCUGCUCUACUCUCCGGCAACAGCGUAAUCAUCAAGCCUUCACCACAGACUCCCACCAUUGCUGAACAAGUCGUUUCCGCCUUCAACGAAGCUGGUCUUCCUAAGGAUGUCAUGCAGUUCUUCCACUGUGGAGAUUUCCAAAAGAUCGAGAGGCUGGUCAAGAACCCUCACAUCCAGCUUGUUUGUUUCACCGGCUCGGUCGCUGGAGGUCUUGCUGUACAGAAGGCAGCAAGUGAAAGAGUCGACUCUCGUGUUGGUCUCGAGCUCGGUGGAAAGGACCCUGCAUACAUUAGAUCCGACGUCGAUUUAGCUUGGGCCGCAGAGGAGAUUGUGGAUGGUGCUGUCUUCAACUCCGGCCAGAGCUGCUGCAGCAUCGAGCGUGUCUACGUUGACGAGAAGGUUCACGAUGACUUCGUAAAGGAGGUCCAGAAAGUCCUCGCCAACUAUAAGCUGGGAGACCCCUUCGACAAGUCGACCCAUGUUGGACCCGUCGUGUCCAAGCGUUCCGCCGAGACCAUUCGUGCCCAUGUCAAGGAUGCUGUCUCAAAGGGUGCCCAAGACGUAACCCCCAAGAACUCGUCCUUUGAAUCGCCGCCAACUGACGGCAACUAUGUCGCCCCUGUAUUGCUGACAAAUGUCUCCCACAAGAUGGAUGUCAUGACCGAGGAGACAUUUGGCCCUGUCAUUCCCGUCAUGAAAGUCAAGGACGAUGCCGAGGCCAUCAAGUGGAUGAAUGACUGUCAGUUUGGUCUGACUGCUAGUAUCUGGACAAAGGAGACCAACAAGGGAUACGAACUUGCCGACGAAGUCGAGGCUGGAACCGUCUUCGUCAACAGAUGCGAUUAUCCCGCCCCCGAUCUUGCUUGGGUUGGCUGGAAAGAUUCUGGCAAGGGGCAGACUUUGUCGAAAUUCGGCUUUGAUCAGUUCUCGAGACUAAAGAGUUACCACAUCAAGAACUACCCGAAAUAG